AUGUCGGUGAACACAGCUCAUUUGAACCAGCUGCCUAUACGGCUACGCAACUUCUUCGCCCGCUACCCUCCUCAGACUUACUCUUCCCUCGUUGCGUCCCGUCAAGCUCCUCCCGAGGGUGAGGCUUCCGCCGAAAAGACCCUUCCAUCACCCUAUACCCCCGAUCGCGACGCCAAGGGCACCCACAAGCCUAGCCAUGACGCCUACUCUGCUGCUCGCGCGCUUUUAUACAGCGACCCUAAGUCCCCAAAUCCCUUCCUGCCAAAGAAAAUCUUCAGCACGGGGAAGUGGCUUGGACCAAAGUUUGGUCUCCGACAACAGGCCGACCUGGUGAAAUUGGCCGCCAAAUACAAUGUGGAGGCGCUUUUACCUCCCGGUCCUAAAUCAACAGAGUACAAGUCGGCAAGGUUGGCAGAGCGGGGUCUAUCCGUCAAGGGUACUGGUAUUGGCCAGAAGGUGAAGGGUCACAAGUGGGAGCGUACCAUGGAGGCAAGACUCGAGGAUCGUCGCAAGGCGAUGGUGGAGAUGCCCGAGAUGGUUCGCUUGUGGAAGCAGAGAGGUCAUGGUCGUGGUUGGCGCCAAUGGCCCAAGCGGUAA